AUGGACCUGCAGCUAGAGGUCCAAGAGACCACGCGCUGGGACAGGUCUUCGUCCAAUAAGACAAGUGAUGAUUCACAGAUCCGGUCAUGUAACGGCGUGGUUCCUCAGUUGGGUGCUGGGCAACAUGCCAUGGGGGUAAUGCGAGGGGUUGACACGGGGUCGGCUGCAGGUCUCUUGGCCUGUAAGAUUGCAGCAAUUACUCAGCCUGUGGGAAACGUCGAGCGAUUCUGCAGCACAAUCCAGAAAGGUCGCCAGAGCUUCCUGCCUAGCUCAAGACGGCUCGGCCCUGUGCGUAGGGCUAUCUGUGACCUGUGCAUAUGGAUUGUUGGUAAUCUAUGUACCACUGCUUGUCUCUUUGUAUGGGCGUAUAUGCCGCAGACUAGACAAGCUACCGCGCUUGCAGCACACAAAGGAAACGACCAAGAGACUCCCCCCGAGCGGAUCCUGAUGUGGCUGACGGGGGGCAGCGUCAGGUGUGUUGGUCGCUUUGGGCGGCUUACACACAAGUUCCUGGUCACCAUCCGCCAGGCAUCGGCCCUCCAAAUCACUGAAAGGGAGGACCCAGAUGACGGGGGGCAUUUCCGGCGCUUAUGGCGUCAUGGCUUAAUAGAGCUCGCCGCGCUGCCCGAGGGCGAAACGCCGCUCUUUGCUACGAUUUAA